AUGCUUGCGAGACCCGAGCUGCGCCCUACACUCUCUUCGCUUGUGCGGGAGCUACAGAUCCACUACCACGAUGAAGAGACGGACGAAGUCCACGAACCACUCAUUGACACUUUGUGGGAGCUAGAAAACAUCGAAAGCCUGAGCCUGAGAAGCUUGCCUCUGAAGGGUAUCUUUGAAGAACAAAGCAAUCGACUCAUGGGUAUCUUUGCACCGAGAAUCAAAAUUGACGAGUUGAGACCCAGAUUGGCUGGACAGAAUUUACGCUCCCUAUAUCUCGGAGCAGCAUUCAAGGGCAAAUUCAAAGACUGGUGGUCCUUGGGUCCAAAUGAAAUAGUAUUUUACAUAGAAAAUCUCGAAAUUCUCUGCAUUCAAGGAGCCAAAUUUGGGCGUUUACAUCCGAAAGUGUUCGCUGCACGAGUGGCUCCAAAUAGAGCAAGCCUCAAAAAGCUGACUCUACUCAAUUGCGAUAUUUCAUCGGAGAUCCUCGAGGAGAUUCUCACGGGUCUUGAUGGCCUCAAAAGCUUCACCUUGAAGGGCUUGGAUGCGGAGUUUCCUUGGCCGUAUGGGCUUUAUCAGCAUCGGUUUACAGAGUCUUAUAUUCAAGCUUUGGCAAAGACCACGGCGGAGACUCUGGAGUACCUCGAUCUCGAUGUUUCUGAAGCCGAAUCGGAUUCCGACUUUUCCAGUCUGGAGCAUCUGAAACACCUGAUAGUCCCUGCAGAUACAUUCCAACGGGAUGAGUUGAAUACGGACAAUGACUGGACUGGGAGACGUCUUCCUGGUACUUUAGAGAAUCUUAUUGUGAAAGACUUUGAAAGCGAUGGCCUCUGGACAGAUGUGUUGAUUGGAAUGUUGAAGAACGGACAGCCCCCAAAUUUGCGCACUAUCAAGUAUGAGACAUACUAUCACCCUGAACAAUUCGAUGACUGGGAGACUAUGAGACACCGUGGCUGGAACUAUGAUAUUGAACAGUUUCGAGAAUAUGGCAUUGAGCUCCAUAUUGAUCGCUGUUAUGAUCCAUCGCCAAUGCCUGAGAAUGAGAAUUGGCCGUGUGACUGCUGGACAUACCAUCACAUAGGAACGGCGUUGAUGAUUUAG